AUGCCCACGCAUUUAAACAGACCUGAUCCGAAUGUGGCGGCGGCAGCUAGGGAGAUCAGGAAACGCCUCUUCGUCUUCUGCGACGGUACAUGGCAGGAUGGUGUUAACAAGGCAAGACCACUGACCAACGUUGCGACUCUCGCGCGGUGUCUGGAGCCUGUCGACCGUCAUGGUUGCCUCCAGAUCGUCUAUUACGACGGUGGGGUCGGAAGCGUAACAAGCGCGCCGGCACAGCUCGUCGAUGGUGCGACUGGAAGAGGCAUCUCGGCCAAGAUCCGCAACGCGUACAGCUUUCUCUCCCACAACUGGAACUUCAGGGAAGGGGAAGACGAAAUCGUUCUUGUGGGCUUCUCGCGCGGCGCCUUCGCGGUGCAGUGUCUCGCCUCCCUUAUCAGCGAUGCCGGCCUCCUUCAGAAAACAGCACCUCUACUAUUUGCGCGGUCUCUUCACCCUCUGGGCAAACCAGAAAUCCCCAAGGGGCCACUUGCCUUUGUGGGAAACGAGGUCCCGGACCGUGUCCAGCACGCUUUUCAAGCAGUGGCAUUGGAUGAAGAGCGGUCCAAGUUUCAGCCGGUGUUGUGGACAUCUAAGCCUGCGACGGCGUCUGUUAGUCAAUGCUGGUUCCUCGGCUCCCAUGCAGAUGUUGGUGGCAACGGUGAUGCUGCGCUAGGGGGCCUUUCGUUGGUGUGGAUGGUCGGCAAGCUUCAUGGAGAGCUUGGGGUCGCCUUUGACGACAAGGAGAUUGCGAAGCACCUCAAACACAGGUUUCUCGAAUGGGACAUCACUUUGGUGCCGACCUACAUCCACUUCACAGCACGCCUGACCAUGGCCCAAAAACGACACAUGUGCCCCCCCAUGAGGUCAUGGACCACAUUAUGGGCUGAACAGGAGUCGGGCUUGGCCAAGAUACAAUGGCACUCCGGAAGCGGGCGGCAAAUAGUGGAUGAGCACCCCCUUAAGGAACAUGACAAGGAGUACGAGAUUCUUCGGAAGUGGUGUCACGGCGAAUACAGAUUCUUGGAUACUGACAGGGGCCCCUUCGCUGCCGUCGAAGCACCGAUGACGGCUGAGGAGUUGAGGGGAAUGGCGGAGUUUUUCAGAGACCAUCUGAAAUUUGAGAAUAACAAGUUAUCGGAGGGUUCUAUGUAUUUAGGUUCGACCACGGCAUAA